AUGCAGACAACUCUAGGACGGGCUUUAUCGAAAAUGACCAAACCACUACUCCUCCAUGCCCACGCUACGGGCCCUAACCCCAUCAAGAUCGCCAUCGCUCUCGAAGCCCUCCAAGUCCCCUACGAAGUCCAACAGUGGGAGUUUGGCGACGACCCCCAAAAAGGCGUCAAAGGCGAGGCUUACUUAAAGAUCAACGAGAAUGGUCGGCUUCCCUCUCUCCAGGACCCGAACACGGGCGUCGUGGCCUGGGAAUCUGGCGCAUGCAUGAAUUACGUCCGCCGAGUGUAUGACCGCGACGGACAGUUAGGUCCAGUUGGUAAGACAGAGCAGGAUAUCGUCGACUUGGAGAAAUGGGAGUAUUUCCUGCUCACCAAUCUGGCGCCUAUGCUGGGCCAGGUUAACUGGUUUAGGAACUACCAUGCGGUGAAGAACCAGGAUGCGCUGAAUAGAUAUACGGAGCAGGCUUAUCGCUGCUUCGGGGUGUUGGAAGGGCAGUUGAAGAAAUCGAAUGGAGAGAGUGUUCUGCCUGGAAAAAUUACCGCUGUGGAUUAUCAUUCGGAGCCUUGGGUGAGGCAGUAUUCUUUUGCGGGGCUGUCUUUGGAUUCCUACCCCCUCAUUCAGCGUUGGCUGGCUGGGAUGGCUGGCCGGGAGGAGGUGAAGAGAGCUUAUGUGGAGAUCAAGGGGAAGGGCCCAGAGUAA